CAAACCCGGCCCAGUCCUACCUUCGACACCAAUGGCAUCGACAAUGAGACCUCUCGUCCAAAUGAUCGGACGAGCCUCGCGCUCCAGUAUUCCCUCCCUCGAACGCAGCACCCUCCGAUCAAUCCCGUCGCAAAACGCUUUCGUUCCUCUGCGAACAAAACCAACCCACUCCGCAUACACUCAGACCCUCAGACACAAUGGCCUCGCCUCUCAGCGCUCCUUCAGCACGACCACCUUCCGCGCUCGGGCACGCACAAUGGGUCAGCUGAAGGCCCGGAACUCCACCGGUCCGUUCUCGUGGAAGUCCGCGCUGCUCUUCGUCAUUACCGGUGCGGCCAUGAUCGUGUAUUUCCGGGUGGAAAAGGAACGGUUGGCGCGGAAGCGCAUCGCAGAGAUGAGCAAGGGAGUUGGCCGGCCGAAGGUUGGAGGCCCAUUCGUGUUGAAGGACUUGGACGGCAAACAGGUUACCGAAGAGGAUCUGAAGGGGAAGUACAGCUUUGUUUACUUCGGCUUCACGCAUUGCCCUGAUAUCUGCCCGGACGAAUUGGACAAGAUGGCCGAGAUUAUUGACAAGGUGAAGGAGGCUACCAAGGGCGAAAACAUCUUCUUGCCGGUCUUCGUUACUUGCGACCCUGCUCGCGAUACCCCCGAAGUGCUGCGCUCGUAUCUCCAAGAGUUCCACGGGGAUAUCAUCGGCUUGACGGGCACCUACGAGCAGGUGAAGAACAUGUGCAAGCAGUACCGGGUGUACUUUAGCACACCGCAGAACGUGAACCCGGGCGAGGACUAUCUGGUGGACCACAGUAUCUAUUUCUACCUGAUGGACCCCGAGGGCGACUUCGUCGAAUGCAUUGGCCGCCAGGACACCCCCGACUCGGCCACCAAGGUCAUCCUGGAGCACAUCAACGACUGGAAGCGCGAAGGCAAGCCAUUGAGGAAGGACUAG